AUUUUGGCGGGUAAAACCGGUAUGAUAUAUUACCUAUGCAUAUAUAUUUCUGUAUUAAAAAAAAACUUCAUUCAUAUUUAACAUGUAGCGGACUCUUCAUAGCUUGUGGGAUUAAUACAAAUGAUUUAUCAUCGUUACUCUAAACAAUAAGAAUAUAACGUAUUUCGUGAUUUAAACCCAACACAACUGCGAGAUCAUCGAUAAUGCAUAACCAGCGACAGUUGCUUAUCAUUCUUGAUUAUAUUGAUAAGACUACUUGUAGAUACAUGUAUGUAAUACGUACUCUACUGAUGGUAAGGUAAACGAGAUUAGGCAGUAUUUUAAGAAGAGACCGUCCUUAUCGUAUUUACUUUUGAAUUCAAAUAAUCAAGGUUUUUGGACUCAAAUGGGCUAUUGGACUCAAACGAUUGAUGGACCGUAUAAUUAUAUCGUUCAUUUUAUCUUCGAUAUGAAGAGCGUGUAACGUGACCGUGCGUAACGAGGAGAAAGGAAUAAAACGCGCGACACGACUAGAAACAGCUAGACACGUCAAGCGAUUACAGUGUACGGUGCUCCUUACAUUUUACUGAUCGCUGAAACCGCGCUACGGAAUCGCGAGAAGAUAGUGGUCGAUUCAAAGAGAGGAAACAUCAAUGUGUCACUUAUACUGAUCGGUGCAAAUGAUCAUCGGUUUCUGCAAAGGUUGAUGCUCGAUACGAUUUAGAAGAUCACUUAUCAACGGGUAAUAAAUUUUUCUUGCGCCGUCAAGUGUGUAUGAUUAAUCAAGAUGUUUAAGAAAAUUGGAAGAAUAUCUAACAACAAGUUUCUGACUCAGCUCUCUCAGAGAAAUCUUACAUCGCACGAAGUUUUCGAGCGGGAAUCAAAAUACGGUGCUCAUAACUAUCACCCUCUACCCGUGGCGUUAUGCAAAGCCGAAGGAGUGUUUAUGUGGGAUGUCGAAGGCAAGCGUUAUUUCGACUUUUUGAGCGCUUACUCCGCCGUUAAUCAAGGGCACUGCCAUCCUAGGAUUUAUAAAGCGCUGAUCGAUCAAGCAAAAGUAUUGACACUGACUUCGCGAGCCUUCUAUUCGGACGCGUUAGGGGAAUUCGAGGAAUACAUCACGAAGCUCUUCGGGUACGAGAAAUGGCUGCCGAUGAACACGGGGGUAGAAGGUGGAGAAACGGCUUGCAAAUUAGCGCGUAAAUGGGGUUACUCGACCAAAGGUAUACCGCAGUAUCAAGCGAAAAUCGUUUUUGCGGAAGGUAACUUUUGGGGAAGAACAAUGAGCGCCGUGUCGUCGAGCACGGAUCCUACCAGUUAUGGUGGGUUCGGUCCGUUCAUGCCUGGAUUCGAAGUCAUUCCGUACGAUGAUCUCGGAGCGCUUCAGCAAGCUUUGGCUGAUCCUCACGUUUGUGCUUUUAUGGUGGAACCUAUACAAGGUGAAGCUGGUGUCGUUGUACCGAAGGACGGAUACCUGAAAGGAGUUCGAGAGCUGUGCUCGAAGCAUAACGUUUUAUGGAUAGCGGACGAAGUACAAACUGGUUUAGCAAGAACGGGCAAACGGUUAGCCGUCGAUCAUGAAAACGUGAAACCAGAUAUUUUGAUUCUCGGAAAAGCACUUUCCGGUGGUUUUUACCCAGUUUCCGGCGUAUUGGCUAACGACUCCGUAAUGCUGACCAUAAAGCCUGGCGAACACGGUUCAACUUAUGGUGGCAAUCCCUUAGGAUGCAGGGUCGCCCUCGAAGCUCUUCGCGUUCUCGAGGAGGAGAAGCUAGCAGAAAAUGCAGAGAAGCUUGGUCAUAUUCUUAGAGCGGAACUUAGCAAACUUCCAAAAGAUAUUGUGACUCUGUCUGUUCGUAGCCAGGGACCGAGCGUCGUUAGACUAACAAGAGAAUUAGGCUCGAAAAGGUCUCUAAGUUCGCAGGAGUUGAUCGAGCGUGACAAAAAGUACGGUGGUAGACACUUCGAGCCCCUUCCGGUAGUUCUCACAAGAGGCGAAGGUGUCCACGUGUGGGACGUCGAAGGUAAACGUUACCUCGACUUCCUCGCUGGUUUCUCAACCGUCAGUCAGGGUCAUUCGCAUCCUCGUUUGGUAAAGGUAAUGAGGGAGCAAGUAGGGAAAUUGAGUCACACGUCCAGAGCGUUUUACUCGGAGCCUCACGGUGAACUAGCAGAAUACCUGACCAAGCUUCUCGGAUGGGACAAAUUCUUGCCUAUGAACACCGGAGUCGAGGCUGGGGACACAGCUAUCAAAGUGGCCAGACGUUGGGGAUACAGAGUGAAGAAAAUACCGGAGCAACAGGCAACCGUGGUUUUCGCCAAAGGCAAUUUCUGGGGACGUUCCAUCGCGGCGUUGUCAGCCUCCACGGAUCAAAAGUGUUACGCCGACUUCGGACCUUACGUGCCUCGAUUUGACAAAGUGCCGUACAACGAUCUCGACGCGUUGGAGGCGAAAUUGAAGGAGGAUCCAACUGUUUGCGCGUUUAUGGUAGAACCGAUUCAGGGAGAGGGAGGCAUAGUGGUACCUAACGAUGGCUACUUGAAAGGCGUACGAGAUCUAUGCAACAAGUACAACGUGCUGUGGAUCGCAGACGAAGUUCAGACCGGCUUAGGCAGGACGGGCAAACGACUGGCGGUCGAUCACGAGAAUCAAAGGCCGGAUAUUCUUAUUUUAGGCAAAGCAUUGUCCGGAGGAAUGUACCCCGUAUCCGGUAUCUUAGCGGACGACGAGAAAAUUCUGUGCCUGGAAGUCGGCUCGCACGGCAGCACUUUCGGCGGAAGUCCGCUCGGAAACAAAGUCGCCUUGGAAGCGGUUAAAAUUUUGGAAGAGGAGAAUUUAGCGGACAAUGCGCGUACGCUCGGAGAAGUUUUGCGGACGGAGUUGCGAAAGUUACCGAAAGACAUAAUCACGGAGAUCCGAGGUCGCGGUUUGUUGAUCGGAGCGGUGAUCAAUAAGGAUUUUGCCGACGGCUGGGAUCUUUGUCUGAAAUUGAGAGAUGCAGGUCUGCUCACGAGACCCGCACACGGACAAAUACUGAGACUGACACCACCGCUUACCAUCACGAAAGAGCAAAUUGAAGAGGGUCUGAAUAUACUGACUACCGUUCUGAAUAGUUACAAGUGAAAUCUUUAACUAUAACGAUGAUCAUCGAACAAUAACAGAACGCAACAUAAAGGAUUGCAAAAGCGUACAAAGUCGUCAUAUGUAAAAUCUACCUUUAAUAUCAAAUAUACAAUGUACACGUUA